UGUCCGCAGUCUCUGGUCAUCACAUGUACUAUGUCCACAGUCUCUGGUCAUCUCCUGUACUAUGUCCACAGUCUCUGGUGAUCUCCUGUACUAUGUCCACAGUCUCUGGUGAUCUCCUGUACUAUGUCCGCAGUCUCUGGUGAUGUCCUGUACUAUGUCCGCAGUCUCUGGUGAUUCUCUGGUCAUCUCCUGUACUAUGUCAACAGUCUCUGGUGAUCUCCUGUACUAUGUCUCCAGUCUCUGGUGAUCUCAUGUACUGUGUCCGCAGUCUCUGGUCAUCUCCUGUACUGUGUCCGCAGUCUCUGGUCAUCUCAUGUACUGUGUCCGCAGUCUCUAGUGAUCUCCUGUACUAUGUCCGCAGUCUCUGGUCAUCUCCUGUACUGUGUCCAGUCUCUGGUCAUCUCCUGUACUGUCCGCAGUCUCUGGUCAUCUCCUGUACUAUGUCCUCAGUCUCUGGUCAUCUCCUGUACUAUGUCCGCAGUCUCUGGUCAUCUCCUGUACUAUGUCUUCAGUCUCUGGUCAUCUCCUGUACUAUGUCUUCAGUCUCUGGUCAUCUCCUGUACUGUGUCUGCAGCCUCUGGUCAUCUCCUGUACUGUGUCUGCAGCCUCUGGUCAUCUCC